UCAUUUUUAUCUGAGAGUGAAGCUGAAGCUCUUCUCUUCUUCCCUCAAUUGCUCACAAUCUUCUUUUUAACCUGUUUUUGCCUGCCUGCUCUUCCAAGAGAGUACUACAAUGACAGACCCUUCAGUGGUGGAUCACCUGACACGACUGAAACUCAAACUCCUAGAAAAGAGACUAGAAAAUGAACGGGAGGACCUAGAGAAGAUGGAGUCACCUCUCCCAACCGCAAGGAACAGACGGGAGAAUAUGCUCCAAAGUGCCCUAAGGCGAAGGAAUGAUCUUCUGCAUGAACUUAGGGAGCAGCACUUUCUAGAAGAGCUUUCACAGCCUCCUGCACCAGCUGGAGUACACUGUCAUAACCACAUAGCUGUCCCCCCCGAUGUCUACCAGAUACCUUUUCCAGCUCCCCAAGCGGAGCCACCAAGGAUUAUCCAGCAGGUGAUGCCACCUCAGUCUGCCACCAUCAUCCAGCAGUUACCUCACCCGUCCCCCCUGAUCACACAGCUCCCCCCUGCCCAGCCUUUUGCAGCCCCCCACUCUGGAAGCAUUAAAGAAGAUAUGGUAGAGAUGAUGCUGAUGCAGAACGCUCAGAUGCACCAGAUCAUCAUGCAGAACAUGAUGCUGAAGGCUCUGCCACCGAUGUCAUUCACACAGCCUGCUGGAGCCAACCCUCCCUUGCUUCAGCACGCACAGCAGGACCUGCCGUUUGCUGCUCCCCUGGCUGUGAAAGCAGGCAGACCCAGGCCUUCUGCAGUGCACCACCAUCACCACAUCCCUCCCACAGGGGUGUUCCCAGUGCCCCAUGGGGGCUUCCCCUCCACGACUCAUCACAGGACCGUCAGCAUGCUCCCUGCCCUGCCAACGUGGCCCACAUACUGACAGUACGUGUUACUCUGCAAGCGGACCAUGGUGUUGCUGUAUUUGAACAGUUCCUAAAUCAUCUGUUUGGUCAACAGUCUAAUGUCUGUAUGACUGCACAUUGUUGGUACAAGAAGUGAGCAGGAGAAAGACUGCAGAUGUUAAAAAUGUACCAUGCACCUGUGGCCUGCUCACCCGUUUCUGCUAGUUCAGUUGUUUCAUCUUUCAAGCUCACAUCAGCCACAAGCAACCACCACUUUUUUUGCUCUCUCUUUAUAGAAUCAAGAAGAGCCAUCCCAAAGUAUCUUGCAGGCUUGGCAGCCCACAGCCCCUGGGCCUGAAAUAAUCUUAACACCAGUGUUAUUGAGCCCUUGCAAAUUAGUACGACCCAGCUCCAGGGCUGACAGUCCCCUUCAAGUGCAAAUUGAGGAAAUGCACCUUGCUGCUCUCCAGGAGACAAUAAUGCAAACUAACCCAGGAUGCCUGAAUGAGGGUUUAGUCACCAAACUUCAUCAGCCUGAGGUGUUCCUCCAUCAACGUUUUCAGUUUUGCUGCCUCACAGGUAUACUUGUCCUACAGUAAUCACCUGUUGGGGAAACUAAAGUGAGCAUGAACGAUCCAAAUGCAAGUUACUUGCGUAGCAGGGCAAAAUCCUGGCAAUGGAUUUUCCUGAAGACCAACAGUCUGCCCCACUUGUGAGCUGGCUUUGUGCACUAUUUGGAUAAAUAAUUCUCAGUGGAGAAGAACAGAAGGAAAUCUGCUUCUGCAUUCGUUGGGUUUGAACAUUGACGUGCAGUGUCUAUUCCCAGCUAACCACAGUUCAUGUUUUCUGCCCCAGGAGGGCUCUGACUCUCACAUCUCCCAGAUUUCCCACUUACAAAGCUACCCAUGGUUUUUUUUAGGUUAGUAGACAUAGAAUCAUAGAAUGGUUCGGGUUGGAAGGGACCUCAAAGAUCAUCUAGUUCCAACCCCCCUGCCCUGGGCAGGGAUACCUCCCACUAGAGCAGGUUGCUCAAGGUUUUAUUCUUAAAAUAUUCAAGGUUCUCAAAAUAUUCAAGGUUUUAUUCUUAAAAAGCUAUUGGAAGGUGAUUUAAGCAGCCUGAAACUGUAUAUAUUUGUUUCAUUAUUUCUCAACCUUUCCCUCAUCUAAUCAGGAUUUAGACUUGAUUUAAAAAAAGAAUAAAAUCCUGAGGUUCUUCCUUGGAUAUUGGCAUGACUUUUUCUUCAGCAACAUAAAUCAAACACCUUUUCCUUCUUUACUUUUCUCACUAAUUUUCAGAGGGCAGGCUUUAAUCUGAGCCCAUGCUAUCCUGGUCUUUUUGCUUUCAU